GCUUUUAUGUUAAAAGAAGAAUUAAAGUAGGUUGUUGCCAAACAGGCCCAAAUGCCAAAACCCGAUAUUUUUCUUCUCCUCUCCUCCUUUCCCUUGCUUUGCAUGCUAUCUUGCACCGCCACCGACUCAAUAAACGCCGCCCAACCAAUCCAAGACGGCGAAACCCUAAUUUCUUCUACCCAAACCUUCGAACUCGGAUUCUUCAGUCCCAAAAACUCAAAGAACCGCUACGUCGGAAUAUGGUACCACAAGAUCACCGAACAUACAGUCGUCUGGGUCGCCAACAGAGAAAACCCACUUACAGAUUCUUCAGGAGCUUUCUCAAUCGCAGAAAACGGAAAUUUCGUAGUCUUGGAUGGAAAUCGAAACAUCGUUUGGUCGACAAACGUCUCAUUCCAAUCGAAUUACACCAGCAUGAAGCUCCUCGACAAUGGAAACCUUAUCUUAGUAGACCGAAAUUCCGGAACGGUUCGAUGGCAGAGCUUCGACCAUCCGUCCGAUACACUCCUUCCUGGUAUGAAGAUUGGAAUGAAUAAAAAAACUGGAGAAAACCGACUUCUCCUAUCAUGGAAAGACGUCGAUAAUCCAGCUCCUGGGUCUUACUCAUUCGGACUCGAUCCACAAGAUUCGAACCAGUUCUUCAUCUGGGUGGGGUUGGAUCGGCAUUGGCGAAGUGGGUACUGGAACGGCCGCACCUUUAAUAAAAUACCAGAGGCGAGCACGGAUUUCUUGUUUCAUUUCAUCACUAUCAGCAACGACGAUGAGGUUUUCUUUCAAUACUCGGCUUUGUAUGACAAUACUCGGAUGGUGAUGGACGUAUCAGGCCAGAUCAGGUGCCAGGUGUGGUAUGAUACGUCGAAGAAGUGGGGCCUGGCCUGGUUCGAGCCACGUGAUCGCUGCAGCAUUUAUGGAGCCUGUGGGGCCUACGGCAUCUGCAACAACCACAACCAGCCGUUCUGCAAAUGCAUGCCGGGUUUCGAGCCGGCGUCGGAGACGGAGUGGGGUUUGGGGAAUUGGUCCGGUGGGUGUGUGAGACGGAUGCCAUUGAAAUGCGACGGUGGAGAUUGGUUCUUGUCACUGGGCCAGAUGAAAGUGCCAGACAGCGAAUCGACGGUGAUCGUUGCGAGUGAGGAAGAGUGUAGGAAGGUAUGUGCUAGGAACUGUAGGUGUAGUGCUUAUGCUUACGCUAAAGUGAGCGGUGGUGGUGCUUCGACGUGUCUGGUUUGGUUUGGGAAUCUAAUGGACGGUGGAGAUUUGAGGGGGGAAGAAAGAGAUGAAGGAGCACAGGAUCUUUACAUACGUCUCGCAGGUUCGGAACUACGUUCACAUAAAAAGAGAUGGUUGCCUUUGAUUGUCACAGUAACUAUCGUCAUGGCAGCGUUUCUCUUGGGCACACUUAUCUGCCGCUGGAAGAGGAGAAUAGACAGGAUAAAAGGAAACAGAGAAAAGAUGCUGAAUAUGUCAUUGUUUCGUUUAAGUACAAUGGAUCCAAGUGCCUACAACUUCUUAGAUGUGGCCCAACUUGGAGGAGAUGGGAUCCAAGGCCUAGACAUACCAUUUUUUCACUUUGAGUACAUUGUCACUGCCACUGAUAACUUCUCGGAUUCAAAUAAACUUGGACAGGGUGGUUUUGGGUCUGUUUACAAGGGUGAACUACCAGGAGGACAAGAGAUAGCCGUGAAAAGGCUCUCCAGCGGUUCGGGACAAGGACUAGAGGAGUUCAAGAAUGAAGUUAUACUGAUUGCGAAACUCCAACAUAGGAAUCUUGUUAGGCUUUUAGGUUACUGCGUCGAAGGAGAUGAAAAGAUGCUACUAUAUGAAUACCUGCCAAACAAGAGCUUAGAUUUCUUCAUCUUUGAUGAAAAACGAAGCAAGUUGCUAGAUUGGGAGAAGCGCUUCGACAUCAUCUUAGGGAUUGCUCGAGGCCUUCUGUAUCUUCACCAAGAUUCGAGGUUGAAAAUUAUUCAUAGAGAUCUGAAAACUAGCAACAUUCUUCUUGAUGAGGAGAUGAAUCCCAAAAUUUCAGAUUUCGGCAUUGCGAGGAUUUUUGGAGGGAAUCAAACUCAAGCAAAUACUCAUAGGGUGGUCGGAACUUAUGGAUACAUGUCGCCAGAAUAUGCCUUACAUGGGCUUUUCUCAAUGAAAUCCGACGUGUACAGCUUUGGUGUCAUGCUACUCGAGAUCAUCAGUGGAAAGAAGAACAAUGGUUUCUAUGAUGAUGAGAGAUCUUUGGGCCUUCUAGGACUGGCAUGGCUACUGUGGAGUGAAGAAAGGUGGUGCGAUUUAGUGGACCCAUCGAUAAGCAAAACGUGCGAUGGAAAUGAAGUUAUGAAGUGCAUCCAUGUGGGACUCUUGUGUGUGCAAGAAGAUGCGAGAAAUAGGCCAAGCAUGGCUUCUGUUGUGAUGUUCCUUAGUGAAGGCGCAACACUUCCUAUGCCAGAAGAACCAGCUUUCCAUGUGAGGAGAAAUCACUCUGGGAAAGAGUCUUCUUCCUAUUCAAAAAAUGAGGCGGUUUGGGUGUUGGAAGAGUGACAAUUUCACUGCCAAGCAUGAACACCACUGAUGCCAUGGUGGGCCUGUCUGCCUCGAAUUCUUGCACACACAAAAGCCCCACAUGGACACAUCUCAGCACUUCCGAUUUUGA